AAUUUAAGUCUAGCAAUACUUAUUUACUCCUCGCCAUAUGUAUAUAUCAAUGUUAUAAUUCUUUUACACAAGCACCUAAUUCACGUCAAUUCCAAUACCAAAUUAAAGCCUUUCAAGUUUUUCCUAUAAAUGAAGCCACUCCAAUUUCUCUCAGCAUCGUCAAAUUAAUUAAAUAGAAAUAUUAACGAGUUCUUCUUCUCCUUGAGCUUCUGGUCCUUCCUUUUAAAAAAAAAAAAAAAACAAAUAGACUAGUAUUCACCACCAUAUUAUGGCUACCUUUGGAAUUAAUAGUAAGAUAUUUCAAAGUAUGGAGAUGGCGAUACUAUUUUUGUUAGCCAUUAGCAUAGACAGAUAUUGUUUUGCGGCAGAUGAGGACAUGCUCCAAGAUGUUUGUGUUGCUGAUCUCAACUCAAUGGUGAAGGUGAACGGAUUCCCUUGCAAGACCAAUUUCACGGCGGCAGAUUUCUCGUCGUUGGCCAUUUCAAAGCCUGGAGCCACGAACAACACAUUUGGUUCGGUAGUAACAACAGCAAAUGUUGAGAAAGUUCCUGGGCUUAACACACUCGGUGUAUCCCUCGCUCGAAUUGACUAUGCCCCUGGUGGUAUUAACCCACCCCACACCCACCCACGUGCCUCCGAAAUGGUCUUUCUUAUGGAAGGUGAAUUGGAUGUUGGCUUCAUUACUACCGCCAAUGUACUGGUCUCUAAGCAAAUUACAAAGGGCGAAGUUUUUGUUUUUCCUAGAGGACUUGUACAUUUCCAGAAGAAUAAUGGUAAAGUUCCAGCAGCUGUUAUUUCUGGCUUCAAUAGCCAGCUGCCUGGUACUCAGUCCAUUUCAACAACAUUGUUUGGAGCUUCACCAACUGUGCCAGAUGAUAUCUUGGCUCAAACAUUCCAAAUUAGUACUGAGGAUGUUCAGCAGAUCAAGUCAAAGUUUGCACCUGCCAAGAAAUUUUAGAAUUUACAAUAUAAUAGUAAGACAUAUAUAUGGAUUUUCAUUGAGAGGGUUUUUACCCGUUAAUAAUUGUCAAUGAGUGCGUAGGUUACUAAUGUUGGAUGUCCAAAAUAAGUUUUGCAACUUUUGGUUUUGCAAAUAUCACAAUGAAUCAUUUUCUCUAUGUAGUACUGUGUAACUCUCGCUUUGUGAUUUUAAUUUUAUACUGUUGAUUUUUGGAUUUUUA